UGCUGUCACCGGUUGUACAGGUUACAUCAACGCAUGGUGUAAAGAGACGUCGGAGCUAACCUCAGUUUUCUUUCUGCUAUUACACAGUCUUUUAUGGCCGCUCAGGCCGCUCUUAUUCCUUUCUGAUCAAACAGAUAAUUGCAAUCAUGGUUAAGGAACAGUUUAGAGAAACACAUGUCGCCAGUGAAGUCUCUCAUAUAUCUUUUGGAGUGGACAGCAUGCACGACAUGCUCUUACAAGCCAGUGUAGAAGUUAUUGGCAACCGUCUGUACAAUGAGGAUUCAGAACGCACUCCAUUUCUACACGGACCACUUGACAGACGCAUGGGAUUAAGUUCAAUGAAAGCUGAAUGUGAAACAUGUGGAAAGAAAUUGAAUGAAUGCGUGGGACACUUCGGCUAUAUGGAUCUAGCGAUGCCAGUUUUUCAUUGCGGCUAUUUCAGAUCAAUCAUACAGAUCUUGCAAACCAUCUGUAAGAAAUGCGCUCAUGUAUUGUUGACGAGUGAGGAAAGAAAAUUUUUUUUUUCCAAAGUACUAAAUCCAAAUCUGCGAUAUUUAACUCGCAAGGCAUUGCGCAAGCAAAUUUGGGAGAAGGCGAGAAAAAAGACGGAGUGUCCAAAUUGCAAGGCGAACAAUGGCCCCGUUAAGAAGUCUGGCUUUCUCCAGAUUGUACACGAAGCUUACAAAAACUUGAAGAAAACAGAUCCCAUUAUUCAAAACAAAUUGAACGAAUUGAGCCCAGCACUGGAACACGAUCAGGAAUUUAAGAAUCUAGUAGACCAAAACUAUCGCACCGUUUUUGAUGAAUCUUUAUAUCCGAAUGUGGUUCGCGAGCUUUUUACUAGGAUUCCGACGGGCGAUAUGUGUCUUUUGUUGAUGGACUCAGAUAGUGCGACGCCGGUGGAUUUGUUACUAUCAAGAAUUCCCGUACCGCCAAUUUGCAUUAGACCUAGCGUUGCGUCUGAACUAAAAGUCGGUACUAACGAGGAUUCUCUUACAAUGACGGUGUCAAAAAUUGCUAUUAUCAAUGAGGGCAUUCGCAAGGGAAUGGCCGGUGCUAAUAUACAACAGUUAAUGGACGUUUGGGAGUACCUGCAAUUGCAUUGUGGUCUUUACAUCAACGGCGACAUGUCCGGGAUACCUAAACACAUAAAGCCGAAAGAAAGAACCAGAGGCAUAGUACAGAGAUUAAAGGGCAAGCAAGGUCGUUUCAGAGGUAAUUUAUCUGGCAAGCGCGUUGAUUUCACCGCUCGUACAGUGAUUUCACCUGAUCCAAAUCUUCGAAUAGAUCAGGUUGGUGUACCCAUAUACGUUGCGAUGACGUUAACAUAUCCUGAAAGAGUUAAUUCGUCGAAUAUAGAAUUGAUGCGGAAGUUAGUCCGAAACGGCCCGGACAAGCAUCCUGGAGCGAACUACAUACAAUACAAGAAUUUACAAGAUAGAAGAUAUCUCAGAUACGCUGAUCGAUCGAAAGUUGCUCAAGAGUUACAGUAUGGUGAUAUUGUUGAGAGACAUCUCAAGGACGAUGAUUUGGUGUUGUUUAACAGACAGCCGUCGCUGCACAAAUUAAGUUUGAUGGUACACAAAGCUAAGAUCUUGCAGCACCGAACGUUUCGAUUCAAUGAAUGCGUUUGCACGCCUUACAACGCGGACUUCGACGGCGAUGAAAUGAAUCUUCAUUUACCACAGACCGAGGAAGCGAAAGCAGAAGCGCUAGUUCUGCUGGCGAAUAAAUCCAACUUGGUUACACCUCGCAACGGUGAAUUGCUGAUAGCAGCGACGCAAGAUUUCAUCACCGGCGCCUAUCUCCUAACUCAGAAAGAUAGAUUUUUCACCGUCGCGGAGGCUAGAUUGGCCGUUUGCUUCUUGGCCGGUUUGGACUCAACCACAGUUGUAACUCUUCCUCCGCCUGCAAUUGUAUAUCCGAUCAAGUUAUGGACCGGCAAGCAAAUAUUCAGUCUGAUCAUGCGACCGAAUCCGGAUUGCCCUGUCAAAGCGAAUCUGAAGACGAAAGGCAAGUCGUACACCAAGAACGAAGAAUUUUGCGUUAACGAUUCCUACGUCAUCAUUCGCAAUUCUGAGCUUCUAGCGGGAUCGAUGGACAAGUCCAUAAUUGGUUCGGGUUCGAAGCAAAACAUAUUUUAUUUUUUGCUGUGUGACUACGGCGAGGAUGUUGCGAUCACGGCCAUGUGGCGACUGACGCGACUAACAAAUCACUUCAAUUUCACGAAAGGAAUUUCACUUGGUAUUGGUGACGUCAUACCUAGUCGCGGCUUAAUCAAAGCCAAGGAAGAUCUGCUGAACACUCAUUACACCAAGUGCAAUGAAUACAUUCAAUUGAUGGAAACCGGUCGCCUCAUCUGUCAGCCCGGGUGUUCGAAAGAGGAAACGGUGGAAAUGAAGAUACUGAACGAGCUAUCGGUAAUUCGUGACAAUGUUGGCAAAGCAUGCGUGAGAGAGUUGCAUUCUUCCAAUACUCCUCUCACUAUGGCACUUUCCGGUAGCAAAGGUAGCUUCAUCAAUAUCUCUCAGAUGAUUGCUUGCGUAGGUCAGCAAGCUAUAAACGGACAUAGAGUGUCGAACGGAUUCGAGGAUCGCGCACUGCCUCACGUUUUGAAGCAGGUGCGAACAGCCGAGGCCAAGGGUUUUGUGGAGAAUUCAUUUUUCUCCGGAUUGAAAUCGAAGGAGUUCUACUUUCACGCAAUGGGCGGCAGAGAAGGUCUCACCGAUACCGCUGUGAAGACCGCGGAAACCGGAUACAUGCAGAGACGAUUGAUCAAGAGUUUAGAAGAUCUGUGCAUCCAUUACGACAUGACGGUGCGCAAUUCGAUGCGCGACAUCGUGCAAAUCAAAUACGGCGGAGACCGAUUGGAUCCCACGUACAUGGAAGGUAAAGAUCGUCCGGUCGAUUAUCAGAGAGUGUACGAUCACGUGAGAGCGAAAUUACCUUAUAAAAAUGAAGAGCCUUUAAACGCCGCCGAUGUGAUCAAAGCCACCGACGAAUUGUUGAGCGACGCGAACGAGGAGUACGCCUGUCUAAGCAAAGAGUUCAAACAGGAACUAAUCACAUUUUUGAAAUCUGUGGCUAAGAAGAUAGCGCGUUACCGGCAGAACAUCAACUUGAAAUCGCGAACGGUCUUGCAACUCGAGCGUCUUACCGUCUCGCAAUUGGUAGAAUUCAUUCACACGUGUAAGGAGAAGUACAUGAAGGCCAAGAUAGAGCCGGGCACGGCUGUGGGAGCGCUCGCCGCGCAGAGUAUCGGCGAACCGGGAACGCAAAUGACAUUGCGAUCAUUUCACUUCGCUGGGGUAGCGGCUAUGAACAUCACGCAGGGUGUGCCGCGUAUCAAGGAAAUUAUCAACGCCAGUCCGAAGAUCAGCACUCCGGUUAUAACAGCAGGAUUGGUAAAUGACACGGACUGCGAAUUCGCUGAACGAGUAAAGGCGAGAAUCGAGAAGACCACGCUGGGAGAUGUAGCCGAAUACAUUCAGGAGGCGUUUCUACGCGACGAACACAUGCUUAUAAUAAAAUUGGAUCUCGAAAGAAUUAAAUUAUUAAAAAUAGAAGUGGACGCUCAUUCCAUAGCCUAUACACUCUGCGCGACCAAAUUGAAAUUAACUCAAAAGAACGUAACCGUGGUGAGCGACGCGCUCAUUGUUAUUCGGCCAAAUAAACAAAAGAACAUUCCAAGUUUCCCGUUUCGUCAAUUGACAGAGGCCAUUCCGAAAGUUGUAGUCAAGGGCUUGCCCUCAAUCUCCAGAGUGGUUGUGCACAACGAGAACCUCGAUGGGAAAACGAAAUUCAAAUUAUUUGUCGAAGGAGACAAUUUUCGAGAAGUCAUGGCGACGUCUGGCGUUCUGGGUAAAAACACGACGUCCAACAACACGAUAGAAGUUUACAAAACACUUGGAAUUGAGGCGGCCAGAGCGACUAUCAUGUCCGAAAUUAAAUCGGUAAUGGAGAAUCACGGUAUCAGUAUUGAUUAUCGACAUCUAAUGCUCUUGUCAGAUCUGAUGACCAGCAGAGGAGAAGUGCUUGGUAUCACAAGACAAGGUUUGGCAAAAAUGAAAGAGUCCGUUUUAAAUUUAGCAUCGUUCGAGAAAACAGCGGAUCACUUGUUCGAUGCGGCUUAUUACGGACAAAAAGACAGCAUAUGCGGCGUCUCGGAAUCGAUUAUAAUGGGCGUUCCGGUUCCGGUAGGCACGGGAAUGUUCAAACUACUUCACAGGGCGGACAAGGACGAGCCACGUAAGCGGGAACUUCUUUUUGACAAUCCGGAAUUUCACAAGUCCUUCUAUUCCGGAAGACGAUUUCAGCGGAUACGACCUCGUCCGGUGUUACAGACGCAGUAAUGAUACAUGUAUAAACUUGAUAUGUGACACGUAUGUCAAAUAAUUUAAAAAUAUACGAAAUUUAUAUGUUUUUACUA